AUGAAAAGCAUCAGUGGUUUAAAUUCUACUACCAAUACGGCUAACAAACUUCGAAACAUCAUUGAAGGAAACGUGAAACCAAACUACCAAGUUGCGCCAACUGAUGUAUUCACCUUAAUAAUAAGUUUCAUUACCUGUCCAUUCAUGGUCCUUUUUAAUGUGAUGGUUAUAAUGGCUGUAAAAAGAAGACGAAGGCUUCAGACCAAUAGCAACAUCUUGCUUGUCUGUCUAGCAGCAACUGAUGCCCUAACUGGUCUCAUAACGCAGCCAGCGUUUAUUCUGUGGAAAACAUUUGGGUUGACUGGUGGGGAAGACCAUAUUAGAGCUUCGCGCUUGAUCUACUUCGCAGCAAUGCAAGCCCUUUCUGCAUGCUCAUGCCUUCAUCUUAUGUUAGUGACCGGCGAGAGACUUGUAGCGAUCAAAUUUACCAUGCACUACCCAUUUAUUGUUACCAAGAAAGCUCAAGAAAACCAUCAAGGUAACAGUGAUUUCGUGUUGGAUCGUUUCUCUGACACCGGUUAGUUUCAAGUUUAUGGGAGUGCCAAAAAUUCAUAGCCUCGCUGUACCCGGCUUCCUCCUUUUCGUCGUAAGCUCUUGUAUAAUAUUUGUAGUAUUUGUAUAUGCUGUUUUGUAUCUUGAAACACGACGCCAUCACAAGUUGAUCAAAGGCCGGCAGAUGCCGCAAGAGGAACUACAAAGAUUCCUUAAAGAGAACAAAGCGCUGCAAACAACUGUAUACGUAGUUGGUGCAGUGGCGGUGUGCUAUCUCCCAUUGGCAUUGCAGAUUGCUAAUUUGCUAAAGAAACGAACAGCAAUUAUUGCCCCGGAAUGGAUUCGGACGGUUGUAUUAUUAAAUUCACUUUCAAAUCCGUUGGUUUAUUGCUGGAGACAGAAAGAAAUAAGGAAGUUUGUUUUUAAAACGAAAACGCAGGCUGUGAAUCCGCACAGUGAGUGACAUUCAGACUGAAGAUGCGGUGUAACCACGAAAAUGCACUAACAUUCUAAUUUCUUGAGGCAGGCAUGAACAAUAUUUAAGGUGCGCCAGUUUUCAGCAAACCUCGCUCCACUAAUUUUAAAUAAUUUUUUUUCCAUAACCACUGAAUUCCAUUUCUCCUGGGGCCGGGUCAUCUAGCUCUCUUGCCUGGGUACAACGUGUAUUACUCUAGCCUCAAGAGAAAUCGAAGACAAAUUAAAUUGGUUAUGAAAAAUUGUUGGAGGUAAACAAGGUGCAUUAUGGUCCAUGUGAAAAUGGUGAAUACAAAAGACAACCGUAAUUGAAUUCAGUCUCUCUUUACUUUAAAGCUUUACCAAGUUAAGAGCUUCUUUACAUAUUAAUUACAGUAUUAUCGCGCGAUUUCCAGGCGACGUUGAUCAAACCAUUAAGGUAAAUUUCAUGUAAUGGUUUCGCCAUCUAAACAGCUGACAUAUAGGAUGUAUAGGACACCUGAGAAGCGAUUCCUAUAUAGCCAGUUAACAGUUUUUUUAGCGCGACGAAGUGGCUGUGGGAUAUAGUUCUUCACAAUAUGGACAAAAAUACUAGUUUAGAUUUGACAAACAUUACUUACGAGCUCGCAAAAACCAGCGUAGAAAAGACGACAGAAAACGUCCAAGAUUCGUCGACUGUUGUGAUCAAUUUAAUAAUUAACAUCAUCGCUUGUCCCUUCACAGUUCUCCUUAAUGUAAUGGUGAUAAUAGCUGUAAAAAGAAGAACAAGGCUUCAGACCAACAGCAACAUCUUGCUGGCCUGUCUAGCCGCAACUGACGCCUUAACUGGUCUCAUAACUCAGCCAGCGUUUAUUUUCUGGAACACAUUUGAGAUGACUGGAGCGAUAAACUACAUUCCAGCUCGACUGACCUACGGCACCGCAUUGCGAGUCCUCUCUAUGUGUUCUUGCCUACAUCUCAUGUUAGUAACUGCCGAGAGACUUGUGGCGAUCAAAUUUACCAUGCACUACCGACAUUUUGUUACUAAAGAAAAUAUUAGGGCAGCUGUGAUCUGUUCUUGGAUCCUUUCUCUAUUUUGCGAUGCACUCAGAUUAAUCAAAGUGAUAGAAGAUCGCCAGGCCUUGGCCUUUAGUCUUUUCGUCGUAAGUUCUUGUAUCGUUUUUGUAGCCUCUGGUUAUGCUGUUUUGUAUGUUGAAACACGACGCCAUCGAAAGUUGAUCAAAAUCCAGCAGAUGCCACAAGAAGAAGCAGAAAGAUUUCGUAAAGAAAACAAAGCGCUCAAGACAACUGUAUAUGUAGUCAGUGCUUUAAUGCUGUGUUUUCUGCCCAUGGCAUUACGACUUGUUAUUCACCUGUUGAAACGACCAGAAAUUAUUUCCUCGCUAUGGGUCCGCACAUUUGCCAUGUUAAAUUCCCUAUUAAAUCCGUUGAUUUACUGCUGUAGACAAGAAGAAAUGAGAGACUUUGUUUUUAAAACAACAACGCAGUCCAUGCAACCCCAUUGACGUUAAAACAAUGUAUCUGUUGACUCUCAAAGUCUUUUCAAGUUAUUGGGUGAGUCAAGAGACGUAGAGCUGUAGGAAUGCCUGCACUUUUCAAACGUCGUGCUUCUGCCGUGCGUAACUCAAUUCAUAAUGAAUUAUAAAUACAUUAGAAAGCGGUUUAAAAGUUCAUUAAACCGCUUUCUUUUUUACGUUGUGCUUUCGGCAAAAGCUACUUGAUUCGACUAAGUGAAAUUUGAGGUCUGAAACCAAGUCAUUCUACAGUCGUGCUAGAGUCGUGCUGAAUUUAAAAAGUCGAGCCUUUGGAAGUUUAAAACAGGACUAAAUGGACGCAUAAAACCACUGAGCUCAAGGUACUCAGCCAGAUCAGGAUCAGCGAGAAACAUCGAUCGGGCAUCACGGCGCCCGGGUAUGUUUUCCAGAAUAACUUAGGCGAGUGUAUUUUUUCUUACAAUUUUAGUUACAUUCAGGAAGACUUAUGGGGAAAUCAUUACGGGUACAAUUGAGAAUUGAUUUGCUUUGCUGCAACUUUAGAAUGAAAAAAACCAAGUCUCUUGUUAACAUCAUGAUGGUGAAAUAUUUUACUGAUCAUUUAUAGCCAUACAGCAGACUAACUUAAAUAUAUUCAAAUCCUUGCUUUUCGAUUUGGCUUACAGAAGCUUUAAGACAUUAGCUUUAUUUUUGCAAGUUAAAAGGGGGGUACUUAUUUGUAAGUUAAAAUUUUGCGGCGAAGUUUUGCUUCAGGUAACAACGAUACUCUUAGUCAAUUUUUGAAUGUAAGUUGCAUUCAUCCAUCGAUUUUAAUGCUACCUAUCUCUUUUUGACCAGUUGCCAUUAAAGUAUAAGAUUAUAAACCUGUCGAUAUCUCGAGAACAGUUCCAAAUAAAGGUCCGUGGCUGUUUGCGGCAUAGUCGCAUAGUUCUUCAUGCGCACUUGUCCUAACUGAGAUGGACCAACAACACUGGUUUCCCUGGUUUAAAUAUAAGUUUGUAAUCAGUACUAACGAAAUUCUCACUAGAGAAAACAUGACAACAAAUCAAGUUUUGCCAGCUGCUGUAAUCACUGUAAUUAUAAUAAGCAGCAUCACUUCAUGGUCCUUUUUGAUGUUAUGGUGACUGAAUGGCAAUAGCGAAGCAUAAAAGCGGAGCUCUUGUUAAAUUCUCUACUCGCUAUAAGGCUUUUUUCAGUGAAUCUCAUGAGGAUGACUUUUGCUAAGUUUACAAGAGAGCGACGAGAGGCGGCUAUAUUCUCAGGAUCGCCUGGUCUUGGAAAGAACACUGUGUAUGAAAACGAAGUUCCUUUCCUGCUGAGUAUUGAAGAAUGUUCCUGUCCGAGUAGCAAUAACAGUUCAGUAGACGUUCUCCACCUCCGACCGCACUUCCCUCCCCCCAAAAGGGUUUUUGCUACGUUCAAAAAUUGGUUCAUCACAGUAUGAAUGUAACAUGGCAAAGUAAAUAUGAUUUGUAACUAAACGAACCAGGUUGUUUGACGGUGGAAGGCAUACUCCAAAGUGAAAAAAAACUGAACUUAAACUAACAGUAGAAUGUUAAUCAAACCUAUCCUUGGCAUUAUAAAGAAUUUUUCUGAAGUUAACCAGAAAAACAUAUUAUUCUUACGUAUAGAAGUAUUGAAAAACGAAAAAGAUUAAUUUUUGUAUAUUUUGACUGUUGCGUGCCCAUAUAAAAAUUAAUUGAUUAAAAUUUACCGCCAUUUCAAAUUUAGCAUGUCAAAGUAGAGAUAUCCAUCUACCGCAAAACAAGUUUUAACUUGGUAAAACACCUUUAGAGAACGAAAAUGUACAGUACCAUCAAACUUACACUACCGCCACUACCGUAAGAUGAAGUGGAAACAGGAUGAAGUCGUUACAUUUAAAUUUCAACUUUUGAGUGUGAGCGUCCAAUAUGAUAAAAUCGAUUCUAAUUCGUGAUUGAUUUAUUCCCCGCCCGACUAUAUAUAUGAAUAAACAGAACUGAGCAAGCUGUUUUACUUUAUUUUUUUAAUUUUGUUUUUUUUAUUCUAGCCAGUGAUGUUGGCCAUCUUGAUAAAAUUAUGGGCAUCACGGAAAGAUUUAUGGCUCAAAAAAGGCUCAAAUGCUCAAAUGCUCUCAAGGUUUAUUUUUUCAUCUAUUCAGUUACGAGAGAGCUAUUCUAAGGCAUUACCCGUGAUUAAAUUCGAUUGCUGAAUAACGAUUGCCUCAAAAAUAAUGAAAACAUCGCAUUAGCCAAGUUGAGCCUCAAGUUUAUCAACAGAAAUUUUGUAUUCAUUCAUACUCUAAGAACCACCGCAAAAUAAAAAGAGGCUGAGAAUUCUAUUUUAAGCGCCUACUUUUUAGGAUAAAACUUAUUAGUUAGUAGAUAUAUUAUUUUGAUCAUGUAAUUAUGAUGAAAAGUGGCACACCUACAUAUUAUUGAAUACAUUGAUUAAUUUACUCAGGCAAAGAUUUGCCGCAAAACAAGUCAUAAUAUACUGCUUUUAGGAAGAGACAUAUAUUGGAGGUGAAAAAAAAAAGAACUAAUGAAUGCUUCACUUUUAAAAUAAGUGGGUAUUUUCUGUCUCAAAAUACAUGUAUACACUCAUAGUUAAUAAGUUGGUCAGCUUUGAAGAGUUGCCUAAUUUUGUCGAAAAUUUAGUCUUGAUGCAUUGGGUUGUAGUAACGUUUGUGACAAAAGUAUAGAUUAAUUUGUCUUGUGGCGGUGUAUUAAUUAAUUUGCAUAGGAGAGAGAAACUUGAAAAUAUCACGGCAGUACUAAGCUAUUACAUGGAUAAAAGCAGGUUUGCGGAAGAAAGGGCUGUAUGAUUGUUUAUCUAUAUUUUUUCUGUGGGGCCGAAUGUGGGUUGGGGAGAAAGACUGAUACGUCAUAAGAAACGAUUCCUGCAGUAAUAUAAUUCAAACCCAGAGUUACUACAAAACCAGACCGAUUUUAGGCCAAUUUUACCUGUGCCUCGUAAUUCAUCUCGGCGAUACCAUUAAUAUCCGGUCCCCUCAUACAAAAGUAGCUUUUCGCAGUGGGUAAAAUAUAGGUUGUAGGAACCCUAGCAAUACUCGAUCGGUAGUUAAGUAAAAAGAUAGGCCCAAUGAUCCGUAGCGUGCAGAAAAUAGCGCUGCUGCACGAUUUGGCCAAUAGUUCGCGUCGACAAAUAAUUUAGUAUUAGAAAUUAAAAUUUCACUUUAAUAAUAGUCUCAGAAACAACUACUUCUAAUUAAUUUUACUUAUUUAAUUAUUCAACCUUUUCGCCAAUACAAAGUCUACCGAGUUGUAUCUCUCGUUUACUUAUUUCCUUGCACUGUGGUCGACUAUCGGACCUCGAUUCGACGUUUUCCUUGCUAACCCAAUUGUUUGUGAGGAGUUCCACGAAUUAGAUGAACUAUUUAGAAUUGCUACUGUGUUUUUAUUUAAUUUUUUAAAACAGGUCAUUUUAUCAGUUUCCUCAUUGUUUCUUUUGCGUACGGUUUCUUUUUGGUCCUUAAUUAAAAUAUCCAUCAGAGUUACCUUCAUAAAAAAUAAAAGUAGAUCUGUUUAAUUUGACCCCCUUUAGAAAAUUGUUGCAAAUCAGACUUUCUAUAACUCGUGUAAUUUCAUUUGCGGAAUUUCAUUAUAGCAGAUUACUUAGUAGGAACGUUCUUCAUAAAGCCAUAAAAUUCGCUGCUUUUUUCUAUCGUUUCACUCCUAAUUCGUCCUAAUGUAAUACAUUAUCUUGCGUGCGGCAAGGAUUUGCACAAGCAUAAAAGACAAAAAGAAACAAAACUUCAAUACUUUCCAUGUCAAUUACACAAAAUUGUAUAUCUUUUUUAAAAAUUUCUGGCUAGUCAGUUAGUUAUAAACUGAAAAUUAAUUUUAAACUACAUAUCGCCUCAAAGGGUCGAUUUUUUUAAAUUAAAAAAAAAUUCUCCAUCAAUAUUUCUCUAAAGCUCAGCACUUUCCAUGCAUGUUAUAUUAAACUAUUUUCUGUUUCUUACGCCGGAAAGAAAUCAUCACUUCGUGGCAGAAUAACUAUGAGAAUUAACCAUUUGAUUAUGUUGAGGUUAUUUUUAUUUGAUAUUAUGGUUUCUGCGGAGUUAAUUGUCCUCUAUAUUAAAAUGCCUGGGAAAAUUAACACAAAGACCAACUGCUAGAGAGCCAAAAUGUCUUAUAAAAUGAGUUGUCUCGAGACUGCACUUUUGACGCAGCAGAUAUAAGGUCACUGGCAAAGUCCACAUUAGGAGCUUUAAUCCCUCUCGUCUCUUGAUGGCCAACAUCACUAGUUUCGAUUCUACAAACAUAACUAGCAAACUUGAAGAUACCAUCGAAGGCGGCUCGUUAAAAAAUGACAAUUAUGAAGUAAAUGUCGCUACUUUGAUCAUAAACAGCAUCGCUUGUCCUUUUACAGUUGUCCUUAAUGUGUUGGUGAUAAUGGCUGUCAAAAGAAGACGACGACUUCAGACCAAAAGCAACAUCUUGCUGGCCUGUCUAGCCGCAACUGACGCCUUAACUGGUCUAAUAACGCAACCAGCCUUUAUUCUCUGGAAAACAUUUGAGAUAACUGGUGCGCUCAACUACAACCCACCUCGCGUGAUCCACAGUUCGGCACUUCGCGCCCUUUCUGUUUUCUCCUGUCUUCAUCUUAUGCUAGUGACUGCUGACAGACUUGUAGCGAUCAAGUUUACAAUGAAUUACCUAUAUAUUGUAAGUGAAGAAAAAAUUAAGUUAGUAGUUAUCUUGUGUUGGGUCGUCUCUCUCGUUUGUGAGGUUCUCAAAUUUAUCAAACCAGCAAAGAAUUUUUCUUUCUUUUUCAUCGCCUUAAUUAUAAGCUCUUGUAUCAUUUUUGUCACUUUUUCAUAUGCGCUGCUGUAUAUUGAAGGUAGACGUCAUCGAAAGCUAAUCAAGACCCAGCAGAUACCCCAAGAAGAAGUAGAGCAUUUCGCGAAAGAGAACAAAGCGUUGAAGACAACUGUGUAUGUAGUUGGCGCUUUAGCAGUGUGUUUUUCGCCAAUAGCCUUAGCUUUUAUUACUUUCUUGCUGAAACGGCCGGAUAUUUUUCCACCAUUAUGGGCUCGCACGUUUUCAAUGCUAAAUUCACUUUUAAAUCCGUUGAUUUACUGUUGGAGACAGAAAGAACUGCGGAAGUUUGUUUUUAAACCAAAAACACAGCAGGUCGUUCAUCCCCCUUGA